AUGUUCCUCUUUGUUCGAGCGGCGAUCGGCUACUCGUUGGCGUUCGUAAAGGUGAAGACGUUGGAGAAAGAGUUAAGACAAAUGUUGCAAGACAGGAAGCGCUGCAAUGACAGUGAAAUGAAGGAAAGAGACGAAGAUGAUCAGCAACAGGCACUAGCUGAAUUGAAGGAGCGACUUGAGCUAGCUAUGGAGACGCACAAGAGUUGCACGACCUCCAUGUCUACCACCUACGCGCGAUUGGUGCUUCACUGUAGCAACUACGAGAACCACAAAGAGGACGAGCGCUUCUUCGAAUGUGUUUAUUUCUUCGUAUGCUCUGUGGUGAAGCUCGGAAUUACAGCGGAAUACUGGCGACCGAUUGAAGAAGAGCUGGGAUUUCUCUUUCGCGGCGCUCAAUUCAGCGCCAACAUCAAGCUGCACGCGACGACAGCCUACCAAGCUUCAAGUUCUUCUACAGAUCCGCAGGACACAUCAAUCUUCUGCGCAUUGUUGUCCAGACACUCCACCAGUUCCUGCACGCGUGAGAUCUCGUCAGGUACCUCGGCUUUCUGGACCUUGAGCUGA